UUCCCUGACAGAACCCCAAGCUAUACACAGACUGUCUCUCGUGUGUAACACAGGAACCAUCACAUGGUUUGGGGCCUCUGGGGCCGUUCGGCUGGAAGUGAUGCCUUUCCUCGGGGGCAACUUUGGUGCCUGCUUCGUGGCGGAGUCAGAAAAUAUCAACGUAAAAAUAUCACAGGAGCAUUCUUAUAUCUCCAUACACAAAAAUUACAGACUCAAACAAGAAGAGUCACGGACGUUGAAGUUGAAUCACGUUUUGACGUCUAGUGCUAGAAGCAGUGAGUUCUGUGUCAGUUCGAACAAUGCAGAACCUGUGUUAUUGUAUAUAGAGGCUGUAAGGAUUCCUGGGAUAACUGGCGUGCCCAAGAUUCUAUUUCAUUAUGACUUAGAAAAGGUGGAUACCCAUUCUCUACUGGAUCCAAUGAAUGACUGUCGACCGUGCACGAAGGAAGAGCUGCUGGACUCGUACUGUUCCAUGGACUUUGUUGUCAUUGGCAACCUGAUGGAAGUGUCCGAAAACCCAACCAACGACCGUUCCAACAUCACUCUCCACGUGAAACAGCUCAUUCACCAAAGAGAACCAGACUACUUCCAGAGAGUCAAACGUUCAGAUCCACAUUUAACAGGUCACGUAACCGUUCCCCGAAAAUGCGGACUGCAGCAAAGCGAAGGUGAUUUUCUGUUGACUGGAAGGUACAGGCUCAACUCACUGAGCUUGAGGUGCGCAUCUUAUCUGCACGAGUGGAGAAAGAUUCAGCAUCAGACGGAGUGCAGCCAUGGCUGA